AUUAAACUAUAUAACUACUUAAAAACCCUAGCUUCAUUUUGUUCCCCUUUCCAUCUCCCAUCAGCAGCACCACUAGCAGUAGCGGCGGGUAGCUUUAAAGCUUCAAGAAUGGGGAUAGAUUUGAAAAGAGGAGGUAAGUCCAAGAAGACCAAACGUACGGCUCCGAAGUCGGAUGAUAUCUAUCUUAAGCUUCUUGUUAAGCUGUACCGGUUUCUUGUGAGGAGAACUGGAAGCAGGUUCAAUGCUGUGAUAUUGAAGAGGCUGUUUAUGAGCAAGAUUAACAAGGCCCCACUUUCUCUUUCUAGGCUUAUUACAUUCAUGAAGGGAAAGGAGGACAAGAUUGCUGUGCUUGUUGGGACAGUAACUGAUGAUAUUAGAGUCUAUGAGGUGCCUGCAUUGAAAGUCACUGCUUUGAGGUUUACAGAGACAGCUAGGGCCAGGAUUGAGAAGGCUGGAGGAGAGUGCUUGACAUUUGAUCAGCUUGCUUUGAGAGCUCCAUUGGGACAGAACACAGUUCUCCUCAGAGGUCCAAAGAAUGCUCGUGAAGCUGUCAAACACUUUGGCCCAGCUCCAGGUGUGCCACACAGCCAUACCAAACCAUUUGUGCGCGCCAAGGGAAGGAAGUUUGAGAGAGCUAGAGGAAGGAGGAACAGCAGGGGCUUCAGGGUUUAAUUUUGUUUUAGUGGGAGUGUGAGGCAGUUUGUUUUGAUCGACUGUUCCAAUUUUUGUGCAACUCUAGGUAUCCAAGGAUCAUUUUCAUGAUAUUUUAACUUUGGUUAUCUAUUUAUAAGCUUGGAUUGUUUAAUGCUCAGCAGUCAUGCUUGGUCA